AGACUAAGAACUUACAGGUUCAUAAAAUCACUUCAAGGUUCAAUGACAAAGUGUAAAAAGUUCACUGACUGUGUGAAACUUUGGUCAGAGGGAAUAGAAGAGACGAUAAAUGUCAGCCAAAAGAAAAGUCUGUCGGAGCAGGCAGGAUGUCUGUGACCAUGACCAAGGCUGAAGGGGUCACUGUGCUCACUUUGACCUCGGACCCCCAAAGUGUUUUACCUCCAAUAUGCCAAAUCCUCAAAGGCCUUUGUUACAGCCCUAUAUGCUGCUCUGUGUCCCAGCAUCUGAAGAAGCUCCAGGGCUCAUCUCAGUCAGUCCUGGGGGCUCUGCAAAUCAUGAUUGGUUUGCUGAACAUCGGCCUCGCAGCGAUCCUCUGCUCUGGGUCUGGCUCUUGGUCGCAAAUGGAUGAAUACAAGUAUCCCUUUUGGAUGGGAGGACUGUUUAUUUUAUUUGGUGUCGUGAGCAUCGUGUCUGAGAAGCGUCCAAGUCCCUGCCUGGUGAGUAAACCAGCUUUAUAAAAUCCUCCUGUUAGCUUUCAUUGAGUCGC